UUUAGGUAACUAUUUAGCUUAUAUUAUAUAAUGUUUUUGUGCUGUUUUUGCCAUAUGUUGAUAAUUUAAGAUCACAAAAAAAAAAUAUAUAUAUAAACUGUUGGUACCCAUGUGCCUGUGGAAGUGCAAAUUUCUGGCAAUAACAAUCUCUUCUUGGUGCUGAGCCUUUGAAAAUUUAGUUAAAAGAAGAAAGUACUGCUUCACAAGAUGUAAAAGCAUGUAUUAUAAUGGUGUUCGCCUCAGUCUGUAUGGCAAAAUAUACAACACGCAAUUGAAGCCGAAAUUUCAGUUCCCUAUCGGCGCAAAGCAAUGAUAAAUAAGAAACUGGCUGUAUUUGUAGAUCGGGCUGUUAAAUUACGCCUAUUACUAAUGUAUAUUGUUGCACUCUGGGGAGCGUGCCGUGCGCCUAGGCGAAUGCAAUCGGAGUGCAAAGAAGUUUCUUUUAGAUUUGCGCAAUUAUAGGAGCAGAGUGGUUUGAUGAACAUGACUAUCAGUUCGUAUGCUCUUUUGGACGGAAUUAAAGGAGAACGGCUUUGAUAAAUCUACCCCUAAAUAUCCAUUGGCAGGGGUUAAAUACACAGUGCACAGAUGGCUUGGUAAAAUGGAACUGCUUAAAAAAAUAUUUUUUUUAACGUACCUUUUACAAAUAUAGAUUUCUCAGGUCUGUUCUAAGCACAUUUCAGGAGUUUAAAAGUUCAGACUUAACUUUUUGCUCCUGAACAAAUUUAUUUAAUUUUGAGCCUUACAUAGUAGCUUUCUAAAAAGGCAUACCUGGUGCCUGCAUGUUUUAUAUUUUUGUCUACCACUGCCUGGACCAUGCACACGUUCUGUACAUCCAUUGAUCGUUCCUCACACUGCUAUAGAUUCCCACGAUGAGGCACGUUCCAGUUCAGCGCCACUUGCCGUCAUUUUCAGCCCACUUUUUGCCCCAAGGAAAACAGGACAAGCUUUUUGAGACAUGUGAUGAAGAAAAUUGGGGUGAAGAGGAGGAAGACGAGGAAGAGGAGGAGGAGGAGGAAAGACAAUUUAGGAGGUCAUGUACACCACCUCCCGGACAGAGGAAAGGGAGGAGACAAAGACUUCGGGCAUUUCGGUCUCUUUAUUUGCGCCUUUACAAGCGCUCUGUAACUUUGCCCUUCCAUUGGAAGCUGUGGGGUGGCCUUGGGGGAAGGAGGAGGAGAUUUUGGGCAAAGAGAAGGGAGGGGGGCGGUGGUUCUGGGGGAAAUGAUGUGGGAAGAGCACACAAUGCAAUGAAUUCAGAUGGAGCGGCAUUGGGAGCCAAUUACUUAAGAGAAGAAGAUGCAGGUCCCUCCCUUGGUCUCCCCAAUGGAUUUUCUUCACAUCCUUCAGACCCUCAAUCCAUCCUCAUAACCAAUGUCUGCAGCAUCGGGGCCCAGGAUGGCCCUUCGCAAAAUGGUCUGCUACCACAAGAUGAUUUAACUCCACCUCCUGAAAAGGAGGUUACUCCUACACCACCUCCUGCAGCUCUGACAGAGGAACAUGUGGGCUGUGUUCAGAGUAUACUGGACCAGUUUCUUCAGUCGUAUGGAAGCCUAAUACCUCUAGCAACAGAGGAAGUUUUGGAAAAACUUGAAGAUGUUUUCCAGCAACCAUUUACUACCCCUGCAAGGAGAGCUGUAGUACAGCACCUGAUCCAUUCAUACCAACGAAUGCCAGGGAAUGCCUUGCUACGUGGUUUCCGUGUUACGUACAAAAGACAUGUGCUGAGCAUGGACGAUCUUGGAACCCUUUAUGGACAGAACUGGUUAAAUGACCAGGUUAUGAACAUGUAUGGGGAUUUAGUAAUGGACACUGUGCCAGAAAAGGUUCAUUUUUUUAAUAGCUUUUUCUAUGACAAAUUAAGAACAAAAGGAUAUGAAGGAGUAAAGAGGUGGACAAAAAAUGUGGAUAUUUUUAGUAAACAGUUGCUUCUGAUACCUAUACACCUUGAGGUCCACUGGUCUCUAGUCUGUGUGGAUGUGACAAAGCGGACCAUAACAUAUUUUGAUUCCCAGCGCACACUGAACCGGCGCUGCCCCAAGCAUAUAGCCAAGUAUCUCCAAGCCGAAGCAGUGAAGAAGGAUCGUCCAGAUUUUAUCAAUGGCUGGAAAGGACUCUUCAAAAUGAAUGUUGCAAGGCAGAAUAAUGACAGUGACUGUGGGGCCUUUGUGUUGCAGUACUGUAAGUUCCUUGCACUUGGCUACCCAUUCACUUUCAGUCAGCAGGAUAUGCCCAAACUCAGACGCCAGAUGUACAAGGAGCUGUGUCACUGCAAGCUGGUCCCAUAAGGGAUGAUACACUGCCGGGAGAGGAGUACAGACUGAGCCAGCAUCUUGCAGAGCAUCUCUCAACCAAGAGUCUAUCAUCUAGAGCCUCUGCAGAAUAAAGAACCAAUCUUGCCUACUUUCUUGAAAGGUGCUCUCGUGAGCAUCCUAACUACCCAGUGGUUGGUGCUGUGCAAAUAUUCCCAUCUGCCUGAUUUUUGCAGUGGGUGAAACAGUAAUAUGUAAAUUGAUCUAUAAAAGUACAAAUUGAGAUAUAUCAAAGAACCCUACCCAAGUCCCCUGUGGAACCUGCCCCCAUUGAUUCAUGCAGAGCAUCUUUGCUACCCAUGAAAGUUCUGCUCCAGUUCUUCAUAUUUUCAUUACUGUUUUUGUCUUUUACUUAUUUAAAUGUUUCUGAUUUUUUUUUAUUUUUUUUUGGGAAAAUUUGUAGUUUUUUUUUUUCCUUUUUUGUCAAAAAAAGUAAAAAAUUGAAUAAAAAGUUCUAUAGAAAAGUGA